UAGGUGUUCUGAGCAAAUGUAGAUAACUCAGGUUUUGUGAGCAAAGGCAUAUCAUAACUCAAGUUUUGUGAGCAAAGGGUGUGCACUGUAGCCAUGGCUAAAGCUCUCCUCGUUUCACCUUCCUACUUCAUCUUCUUCAUCUUCCUCAUUUUCUCUUCUGCCACAGUUUCAAUUUUCGGAGAAGAAUACAGCUAUGUCAAAAGUAUCAAUCCUAAGAAAAUGAAUAUGUUGAAGGAAAAGGUAACACACUUUCAACUUUAUUGGCAAGAUGUUGUUAGUGGGUCUAAUGCAACAUCGGUUACAGUGCUUGAAGAAGUGAAUAACUCGUCAACAUUGUUUGGUUCGGUUAGUAUAAUUGAUAACUCGUUAACCGUUGGGCCAAAUUUGAGCUCAAAAACGGUUGGAAAGUCCCAAGGGUUAUACGCAUCUACGGGACUAGAAGAAACUUCAUUAUUGAUGGUUAUGAAUUUUGCAUUCACUGAUGGCAAGUACAACGGUAGCACAUUCACCGUGGUAGGACGGAACAAUGUAAAUGCUAAGGUGAGGGAGAUGCCAAUAAUCGGUGGUAGUGGGCUUUUCCGAUUUGCUAGAGGCUAUGUUCUAGCAUCAACUUACUCAUUCAGCGACAACGGAGAUGGCACUAUUGAAUACAAUUGUUAUGUUAUACAUUAUUGAUAUUUUUUAUCUUUUUCUAGUUUUUUCAUGGAGCUUUGGUCCACAAUAUGAGAUUAUCUAGUUUUGUUUAAUUUGAAUAAAGGUGACUCUUCACCUAAUUUAAUGUAAGCAUAUUAUAAUAAAAUAAAAUGCUUAUUUGCGUGCUUAA